AUGUCGCAAUCCAGACCACCUACAUCUGCCGCCACCGGUGGUGGCGGUGGCGGUGACAACAACAAUACCAGCAAAGGCGUAGGCCCCAGCCGUCGAACAUGGGACAAAGAAGAAUUUUCGCGCAAGGCCAUGUCUCGCGAGAAGCGCCAGGCCGAACUUGAUUCUGUCAACGCCGAGCGACGCUUGCAAGGCCUGCAACCACUCAAGAGGCUCAAGUCCAACGCACCCGAACCCGAGCUCGCCAUGCAGCAGCGUCGUGCGCCGCUUGGUCUCGAGCGAAAUCAGGGCAAGACGCUCAUGGUCGACCUUACUUCCUCCGAUGGCAAAGGUCAGACGGGGCCUGGGUUCUACUGCGAGGUGUGCAGGAAGCUGCUCAAGGACAAUCUGGCUUAUCUGGAUCAUAUCAAUGGACGCGUACAUUUGAUGCGGAUAGGUCAGUCCACGCAGCAGGAUAGAGCGACGCUACAAGACGUGCAGGACAUGCUGGACAAGUUGACCAGGGAAGCUGAGGCAGCGGCGGGAGGCGGUGGCAAGAACAGUGCAGUGUAUGAUUUUGAUCGACGCAUUCAGCAGAUCGCCGAACAGGAGGAAAAGGAGAGAGAGGCGAAGAGGGAAAAAAGGAGACAGCAGAAGUUGCUCAAGAGGUCCGCCUCGAGCAACAACGAGCCCCAAGCAGCCGCCGAGGCAGGCGCGGCGGAAGGAAACGACGCCGAAGCAGCAAUGAUAGCUGCCAUGGGUUUUGGUGGAUUCGGUUCGACCAAGAAGCGCUGA